AUGGCGCAAACUCACAGGGUCCUAAAUAGCGAAGAGUUCUGCUGUCCCAUAUGCCUGGACCUGCUCAAGGACCCCGUGGCCAUCCCCUGCGGACACAGCUACUGCAUGAGCUGCAUCCGAGACUACUGGGCCAGUGACGGCGACCUGGAGACGGUCAGCUGCCCCCAGUGCAGGCAGUCCUUCACCCCCCAGCCCAUCCUGAAGCGCAACACGCUCCUGGCCGAGAUGGUGGAGAAGCUGAAGAGGACGCACCUCCAGCAGGCCGCCACACCUGCCGCCUCCACCGCCUCCACCGCCUCCACCGCGUCCGCUUCCGGGCCCUGCGCGGACACGCCGGAGGAGGACGUGCUGUGCGACCUGUGCACGCGGAGCAAGCGGCGCGCCGUCAAGUCGUGCCUGGUGUGCCUGGCGUCCUACUGCAAGCUGCACCUGCAGGCGCACUACGAGUCGCCGGCGCUCAAGCGGCACAAGCUGGUGGAGGCGGCCGGGCAGCUGCAGGAGAAGAUCUGCCCGCACCACGACAAGCUGCUGGAGAUCUACUGCCGCUCCGACCAGAGGUGCGUCUGCGUGCUGUGCGUCAUGGACGAGCACAAGGGCCACGACACGGUCCCCGCCGCAGCCGAGAGCACCAAGAAGCAGAAGGAACUGGGCUCAGUGAGGAGGAAGUUUAAGCUGAGCAUCCACGCCAGAGAGAAGGAGCUGCUGGAGCUCAGGCAGGCUGUGGACACCCUGAAGGAAUCUGCCCAAGGGGCGAUGGAGACCAGCGACAGGGUCUUCACGGAGCUGAUCUCCUCCAUCGCCAGACGGCACUCUGAGGUGCGGGGGCUGAUCAAGGCGCAGGAGCAGGCUGCUGCGACCCUCCUGGCCCAGCUGGAGACCAACCUGGCCCAGCUCCGCAAGCAGGACACGCAGCUGGAGCUCCUGCUCCACUCCGACGACCACAUCCACUUCCUCCAGUGCUGCCAUUCACUCUCAGGCCCCUCUGGUGUCACGGACCCAGCCAGCAUCCACACAGACCCGCUGCUGGACUUUGGGAAGAUGAACAGUGCAGUCUAUGCCUUGAGGAAGAGACUCGAGGAUGUCCUCAAGGUGGAAUGGCCAAAGAUCACCAGAGCAGCAAGCACUGUGAAAUUUAUCCAGAGUCCAGAGCCCAAGAUCAGGCCAGAGUUCCUAUACUACUCUUGUCCAUUUAAAUUAGACCCUAAAACAGCCCACAAGGACCUCUCCCUGUCUCAGGACAACGAGAUGGUGACGGUGCGUGCCAGGGAGCAUUCCUGCCCAGACCACCCCGAGCGCUUUGACUACUGGUGCCAGGUGCUGGCGUCCGAGGGGCUGUCCGGGUGCUGCUACUGGGAGGCCGAGUGGAGCGGGAUGGGGGUCAACAUGGCUGUGGCCUACAGGGACAUGAGCCGAAAGGGAGAGGGAGGGGAUUCUCACUUUGGCCGAAACGACAGGUCCUGGAGCCUCUUCUGUUCGCGGAAAGGCUACUCCUUCUGGCACAACAACGUAGUCACCAAGGUCCCCGGCCCAUUAUCGUUCAAGAUAGGUGUGUACUUGGACUACAGGGCAGGGACCCUGUCCUUCUACAGUGUCUCUGACACCAUGACCCUUCUGCAUCGAGCGAAAGCGACAUUCACUCAGGCCCUCUAUCCCGGCUAUGAGUUCGCCUGUUGCGGAGCCUCUGUGAAGCUGACUCAAAUGGAGUGAGAGAGCAGCAAAUUAGUGGGAAAGAAAUAGCACACUGAAAGAAAUAUUGAGAUGUUAAAAAGUCAAGAUUUCACCCGGUGGCUGUGGUUAGUUUCCGCAGCGCUGUGGCAUGAGUCAUGUUCGCGUUGCUGAGCGUGGUUUGUUUUGGUUUGUUGCUCUCUGAAAAUAGCGACCCGCCAGGCCAGGCGAACAUGACAAAUUAGAAGGACUGUUUAUGGUGGAGUACAUUAACAACCGUGCCAAAAAUGUGCUAUCUAGGCGUCGUCAUACAAAUGUCCAUUGUAUGCCUUAUCACAUAUUUCUUUGAUGCUGUGGCCAAGCUUACAGGCUGAUAUUUAUGGCUGCUGGAGUUACUGUUGUCGCAGUCCUCUCCGCCCAUUAUCUCAGGGCAGCUCAGAAGCAUUGAAAGUCAGCUGUCCCCUCAAUGACCCUUGAGGGAUUUAACCACUGAAGGCUUGCUCAGCCUCCACUUAUAUGUCAACACCAAGACUUACAUUAUCAAGCACACCAUUGCUUUCUUGACUUGCAUGGUGCUUACAUUUGACACUACUAAUUGUCAUGCAUAGCUUACAUAAAUAGAUUAGGUACUGGGGGCGGUGGUGGUAGUGUAGACCACUAAAGAGCUGGGCUAGCGUGCAGUAGCCUGAAAGUUGUCGGUUCAAUUACAGACUUGUGCCUUUGAGCAAGGCCCCUAAACUCAAGUUGCUCCGGGGACAAUGUAACAAUGCAAUCCCUUGUAAUAUAGUUGACAUAUAUCAGUCACUUUGGACUAAAAACGUGUCUGCUAAUUGUAAUGUACUGUAAUGUAAAGACACUGUCACAUUCUGUUGAUUAGACACCCCCCACCCACACACAAAAAUACAAUAAGUAUGUUUAUAUUUAUGAUAUGCUUCCUGAUAACAGACCAGUUCCAAAUCUCCAGGCUCUACUUUCUUGUACAGAGUAGCUUGAUAUCUCAGACAGCUCCCUCUGCUGGUGCUAGAAUAUAUCUGACUGACCCAGUAGAAAAAUAGACACUGGAUCAGGCGAAAUCAGGUUCAGACAUCCUCCCCAAUGGGUCAUGUGAAUGAAUAGUGGAACUUCUUCUGUGUUAUAUCUUUACAAUCUCUCAUUAAAAUAAUGUUAUAUUGACUUCCACAAGAACGUGCCUGUCAUGAUUGGGUAGUGACUGUAUAUCGAAUCUGCAAUGUACAAUAUUUUGGACAUGUUUUAUUUGUAUAGGGCUUGCUUUUAUAAUUAACAUUACUUGCUUACAAUCUUAUAGGUUUGGGUAUGGAUACAUUUUACAGUUUUUCUGAGGCAUUUAUAGUGGUAUCGAUAAUCUUGCCAAUCUCCUGCCCCAUUGGCUUCUCUAUUUUAACCACUUCAUAUCACACACACUUGUACACACGCACGCACAC